GCCUCCAACCCCUACCUGUCUGCAAGGAGUGGCUCCACCGUGACCUCAGGGGGCCGUUUCCGCUGCCCCUCCUGCCGCCAUGAGGUGGUUCUGGACCGACACGGAGUGUAUGGCUUGCAGAGGAACCUACUGGUGGAGAACAUCAUCGACAUGUACAAGCAGGGGAACACCAGUAAACCGGUUCCAGAGGUUAAGACAGAUCAGCCCAUGUGUGAGGAGCACGAGGAUGAGAAGAUAAACAUCUACUGCAUAACCUGCAGCGUCCCCACCUGCUCCCUCUGCAAGGUGUUUGGAGCUCACAAAAACUGCAACGUGGCUCCUCUCAAUGAUGUCUUCGGCCAUCAGAAGGUGGAGCUCACCGACUGUGUCUCCAUGCUGGUUGGGAACAAUGAAAGAGUUCAGGCCAUCAUCAGUCAGCUGGAUGAAACCUGCAGAGCCAUUGAUGAGAACAGUCGCAGACAGAAGUCACGGAUCUGUGAGACGUUCGAUCACCUGUUUGUUCUGCUGGAGGAGAAGAAGAGCGAGAUGACGCUGAAGAUCAAUGCUGAGCAGGAGGAGAAGCUGGACUACAUCCGAGGUCUGAGGAAGAAGUACAGCGAGCACCUGGAGGGCACGGCCAAGCUGCUGGAGACCGCCAUCCAGACCAUGGACGAGUCUGAGAUGGCCGUGUUCCUUCAGAUGGCCAAACCUUUGCUACAGAAACUGGUGGAGGGCACCAACACAUCUCACCUGGAUAAAGUUCAACACGGCUACGAGGAUAUGAAGCACUUCAAGGCCAACUUUGAGUGUCAGAGGAAAGCGCUGGCUGAAAUCAGCUUCAAAAUUGAUGAAGACGAUGAGGAAGAUGAGGAAGAGGAGGCGGAGCUCAGAGUGACCACAGCAGGGAGUCGCAUUGAGUCACGGCAGCAUGUCAGUCCAACGUCUGCAGGACAGUCGACUAAAAACCAGCUUCCACUUAUCCUGCCAGCCACGCCCCCACAGAGACAUUCAGAGGCCCCGCCCACUCCAAUUCCACAAGCAAAGAGCCCAGUGUCGUCGCCAUCAAGCCAGACUCCACCUCCUUUGCCUCUACCCAGCUCCACCACACAGUCGGAGCAGCAGAGUGACUCAGACGACAAAGAUGGACCCAAACAUGUGUUCUCCUUCAGCUGGCUCAACCAGAAGUAAACCCAAAUCAAUCCCCUCCGGUUCCUGGAUUAGUCCAACCUGGAGUAUUUUCUGCAGGACUUUAUUAGUUUGAUUUAAUAUUUAUGUUUCCAGAAGGCGUUAGAACUACUUUUUAAGCUGUUUAUACUGUAUGUGUGGAUUUUGGGGAAGAUCAUUUUGGUUAAAUAACUUCUUUUGAUGACAAAUGUCUGGAGGAAGGUUUGAGUCUAAGAUAUGAAGCCACCUUUCAAAACGUCCAGUUUCCUUGUUGAUGUCAAAUAAAUGUUUUAUUAUGAAACACCUUUAUCUGAAUCUAAUUAAA